AUGGUCUCGGAACCCCACGCCGAGUCGGACCCCGAUCCAGAUCUCGGUUCCGAAGAGGCCAUCAGCUCGGCCGAGCGAGCCGGUCGUUUAGGCCUGCAAAGCUGCGCGGCCGAGCGAGGCAGGGGACCCGGGGCGUUAGGGGGGAAGGCUGCGGCGGGGAAAGCCGAAGGUGCGGCCCAGCCUGGUUUUAGGGCUCCCUACGACUUCGACACGGUGAACGAAGGCACCUGUCAGAUCUACCGCUACGGGCCGCGCAGCAGCGGCGCGCUCAAUAUCGACGCCUCCCUCACCAAGCUCUUCGAAUGCAUGACCCUGGCCUACAGUGGAAAAAUUGUAUCUCCCAAAUGGAAAACCUUCAAGGGGCUGAAAUUGCUGCAGCGUGACAAGAUUCGGCUCAAUAAUGCUAUUUGGAGGGCAUGGUAUCUACAGUAUGUGGAGAAGAGGCAGAAUCCUGUGUGCAGUUUUGUGACUCCCCUAGAGUGUAGUGACAUAGAUCAGCAUCGCAAGCCUGAAGCUGUCAUCAUGGAAGGAAAGUAUUGGAAACGCCAGGUUGGGGUUGUUAUUAGGGAAUAUCAUAAAUGGAGGACAUUCUUCCAUAUUCGG